AUGGUUCAGCAAGAAGGUCACAGAGCUAGUUCUCCGGAGGGCAUUCCCGGUCUUCGGGAUCCUAGAAAGUUUUCAACUAAAGGAGAAUCACUAUAUGAAUUACUUGAAAUACCAAAAGAUGCAUCUCCCGAGGAUAUUAAAAGGGCUUAUCGAAGGCUUGCCCUAAAAUGCCAUCCUGACAAAAAUCCAGAUGAUCCAAAGUCGAGCGAAAAGUUCGCCGAAAUCAACAGAGCCAACGUGAUUCUGACUGACCCAAAGAAGAAGGAAAUCUACGAUAAGUAUGGAUCCUACGGUAUAUAUGUCAGUGAAACUGUCGGUGAAGAUGCUGCUAUGACGUAUUUAAAGUUAAACAACCCUUGCCUAAAGUGUCUACUAGUGACGUGUUUCUUUUUAACCGGUUGCUGUUGUUGCCUUUGCUGUUGCUUCUGUUGUUCUUGUUGCAGAAAACAAAGUUGUGAAUUUGAAGACGAGCAAUUAUACGAAAUGGAACGAGAAGAUUCAGAUAACGAUAGGAACCGAACAAAUGACAAUAACGAAGGUGGUUACAACUACAACAGCCAACAAUCGAAUCCCAUUUCCUCAGAGCCGAUUCCAUUAGGUCCACCACAGGAGUACUCAUAG